CCCGGAGCGCGUCACUGGCCGGAGAGGAGAGGCGGGGCUCUUGCUGCGGCGCCAGACCUCUUGCCGUGCCAGGCCUGGACACCCCCGAGCGGAGCUUGUGCUCCCUCUCCCCCUGCAUUUUUCCGAGGGCCUGCCUAGGCCCUGUGCGUGUCCAUGGAAGGCGGAAACGGCUGCGGGGACCGUCUCCUUGCCAAGGGGUGUAGUCUUCGCCGCCAUGUCCGGGGGCUUCGAGCUGCAACCGCAGGACGGCGGCCCCCGGGUGGCCCUGGCCCCCGGGGAGACGGUGAUCGGCCGCGGGCCGCUGCUGCGAAUAACAGACAAGAGAGUGUCCAGAAGACAUGCAAUUCUUGAGGUGGUCGGUGGCCAGCUUCGAAUCAAACCGAUACACACAAAUCCAUGUUUUUAUCAGUCUUCUGAGAAGAGCCAGCUCUUACCAUUGAAGAGAAAUCUAUGGCGCUGGUUGAAUCCUGGAGACAGUUUUUCUUUGCUGGUCGACAAAUACAUUUUUUGUGUUUUCUCUACACACUCUGAAACAGAAAUGGAAUGUACUUUAAGAAAUAGUCAGAUGCUUGAUGAAGAUAAUAUUCUAAAUGAAACACCAAAAUCAUCCUCGGUUAAUUCGCCUGAUGAGACAACUGGUAACCCACAGCUGGAAAGAAGCACAGAAAUAGCUAAGACCCAAACUGCCACUGCAAAUAGUGAGUGUUUCCUAGGUGAAGGUAGAGACAUCAGUAAGCAACAGUCUAACCCUGCCCAGAGGAGAAGAAUCCUGCCAGCAUGGAUGUUAACAGGCAAUCGAAGUGACCAAGACCUUUCAGCACCAGCCAGCAGUGGGGGUAAUAUAAUCCAGGGAAGUGGAAAAGAAGGAAUCUGCAGAAAGCGAUUAAAUUCAUCAGGAAGUUCAAAAAGUACAUCAGCAGAGCAAGACACAGGGAAAAAGUGCAAAAAUGCUGAUCAGGAAGAGUCUAUCAUUUCAUCCAAGGAAAUGCCGCAGUCAUCUUCUGCAAUCAUAUUAAAUAAUGCAGAAGUAAAUAAUAAGAAGGCUAAUACACAGAGAAGUGAAAUCCCAAUAGAGGAAUGUGGUAAGGUUCCUGAACAUAAGAUUAUUAUGAAAGGAACACGAGAUAAAGAAGGCAAGAUGAUGGACUGUUCUGAGGGUUACUUGACUGCCCAGGACAAGUCCUUCCACGAGGAGUCUCAAGGAUCUCCUCCUGAGUCCAGUUCUGAUCUCUCCAAUCCUGAAACUUUGCAUGCAAAGGCAACUGAUUCAGUUCCACAAGGUUCUGAAGAAAACAAGAUCAAGAGGACAUCCUGUAUGUAUGGGGCAAACUGCUACAGGAAGAAUCCUGUCCAUUUUCAACACUUCAGUCACCCUGGAGAUAGUGAUUAUGGAGGCAUACAAGUCAUGUGUCAAGAUGAGGCUGAUGAGCGGCCUGAAUGUCCCUAUGGAGCAUCUUGCUAUAGGAAGAAUCCCCAGCACAAGAUAGAAUAUAGACAUAGUACACAUCCAGUGAGGAGCAUAUCAGAUGAAGAUAGUGAUAAUGUUGGGCAAUCCAAUGAGUAUGACCUCAAUGACCGUUUUCUAGAUGAUGAGGAAGAAGAAUAUGAGCCAACAGAUGAAGAUUCUGACUGGGAACCAGGGCAGGAAGACCAAGAGAAGGAAGAUACGGAAGAGCUUUUGAAAGAAGCAAAAAAAUUUAUGAAAAGGAAAAAGUAACUUUUUUUCUGUGCUAAUAUAUGGCUCAUAUUGUUCUUUCUGGAAAAAAUUCAGGAACUAAGGAGGCACUUAAGCGAUAAUUGUUUUCCUUCUUUUUAUAGUUAUGAGUUUAUUAUUGACUCUUUGCAAAUGAAACAUUGAUAGGUCAACCUUCAUGCAGUGGAUGGAAUUUGUUUUGUUGCCUUGCUUUUUCUAUCCUAUUUAAAGCAUCUGGAAAUAGGAAGCAGAGAGUUAAAGAGAAACAAUUGAUAUUUUUUUCAUUUACUUUGUGUGUUGGUAAUAAAAAGUAAAAGCCAUAGGUUGCACAAAGUUUGGCCUUGUUUCUUUUUUCCAAAGAUUCUACCUUUAUAGAAUACUAGGUAUUCUAUAGGCAAAUUACAUCAUGGGUGGGAAAGCAUGCCUCUUUCAUUGCUAUUGCAGUAAUUCUUCAAGCAGAACCAGGCUUUAAAAAGUGACAGCCAUCAUAUAAUGGCUGUUAUUUUUUCUAGUACCCUGGAUAUGAGCUUUACAAUUUCAUUUGCUACUUUUAUCCUUUGAAACUUGGGGAAAUUAGUACCAAAUGGAUACUGAAAAUAGAUUCAACUAGACUAUCGAAAUGUUCACCAUGCAGGGAAUGUUAUUUUGUCCCCCGUAUCUGUAAUUUACUGUAUGUCUGAACUUGAAAGUAGAAAAACCCAAAGGAUUUGACAGUUUUGGGUUUUUUUGCAGACCUGAAGUCCUGCCUGAUUAUUUUAACUCUCAAUGUUCUUUCAUUACAUUAAAAGAUAUAGAAAUGAUUUUUAACCAUAAUUUUCUCAAAUGACAUUAGUUCUUUUUCCUCAGAUGAAAGCAGCAAGUUGUCUGCUAGUGUUCAAGAUUCUGGCCUUUUAUUUCAAGAAGAACCCCUUUAUUCUCUAGUUUUAUGAAGUAUAUCUCUGUUCUCAAACAACUUUAAGCCCUGUAGUACUCUUCAUUUUAGGUGACUUAGAAUUUUUGAAAUACAGUUUAGAAUCUUUAAUAGCAGUUGGGUAUCCGAACACGGCAGUAGGCAUAGUAUUGAAACCAUAAAUCACUAGACCAAAAGUAUCCUUGUUAAAUACUAAUAUUUUCUAUUCUAAAAGAACUUAGAAAUUUAUAUCUUAAAAAAGCAAGACAGAUUUAUAAUUGUUCUUAGUGUUUUUGAAUGUCUUUCCAAGUUAAUUAUGUAAUAUUAAAAUUAAUUUAAGCUGACCAGGACAAGACAAAUGUUUCUUUAGGCUAUUAUUACCUAUUAUUCUGACUUUGCCUUUGUUAUUUAAUAACUCAUUUUUCCCUUCUAAUGUCCCUUUAGUCUCGGGAGCUUGACAGAUCUGUGAAAAAAAACCUUUUGACUUAUUCUCA